AUGUCGCAACAAGCUCUGGUGCUCGAAAGAUUUGGUACGCCGUUAGUGCCGCAGACACGGCCGAUACCCAAGCCGAAGCAGCACCAAAUACUGCUAAAGAUCAUUGCAGUGGGAUUGAACCCACAUGACCAGAAAAUCCGCGACUACGGAAUCAUCAUCACUCCCGAACAUCUGCCCUACAUCACCGGCAACGACAUUGCUGGUGUGGUCGAAGAUGUUGGGUCGGAUGUGACUGCCUGGAAGCGGGGCGACCGCGUCUUCGCCCAAGCAGACGCCGGCACGCCCGACGGAGGCGGCGCCCAGCAAUACGCCGUGGUGCCGGCAGACCUGGUUGCCCCCAUCCCCGAGUCCAUGUCAUUCGACGAAGCCGCCACGCUCCCAACCGUCGCAAUGGCAUCUUUCGUCGCCCUCUUCCACCCCUCGGGUCUCGGCCUCCCUGCCCCUUAUUCCAAGGAGAGUGAGUCGUUCGGUUACCAGCAGCGCAGCCUGGUCGUCAUCGGCGGCGGAUCUAACUGCGGCAAACUGGCGGUCCAGCUUGCGCGGCUGGUCGGGUUCGGGAAGAUCAUCACGAUCGCAGCCAAGACUCCCGAGAAGGAGGCCGAGCUGAAGGAGCUCGGCGCAACCCACGUGCUCGACCGGCGGGCCGAAGAUGUGGUGGAGCAAUGCCGCGCAGUCGUCGGCGACGGCUUGCUCUACGCGCUUGACACGGUCAACAACGGGCCCAUGGCGCAUACCCUCGGCGUCUCGCUGCUCUCUGCUAGCGAGAAGGGCACCUUGGCGACCCUUCUUCCGGGUGAUGUACACGUGGACGAGUCGAAGAUCGGGCACAAGGCGGCCGGGUACGAGGUCAGGUUCACGAGGGGGUCUGCGCACCUGCAUCGAGAACUGGGCCAGCAAUUCUGGAAGCAUCUACCAGGGUGGUUGGAAGCCGGCAAGAUCCGCCCGCUGCGGUACCGCAUUAUCAGCCAUCUCGACGAGAAGGCGGUCAAUGAGGCGCUUGAUGGUUAUCGCGAUGGCGGCAGUAUUACGAAAGUCAACAUUCACCCACAUGAGUCCCAUUGA